AUCAACAUUUCGCACUCCACCAAACCCAGAACUUAUUUUGAUCAUCUACAACCUCCUCCAUAACUUAUAAGUAGUCGGAACUAGGUCUACUAGUAAAUUACCUACUAGGUACCUGACCUACCUUAUAUCAAUACGAAUGGCCUCAUACACAUAAAACAACUCCCCCUUUUCAACAAAAUUACACUCGACAAUGCCACCAUGUCGCUUCAACAUACCAACAUUUCGACGACCAGCAGCACUUCGACGGCACGCUCGCGAUCGCUGCGCGUUCCCGCCAAACCGUCCUUGACCGCCCCUCAGCCUGUCCCUCAGCCUGUCCCUGCUGACACCUCGACUCAGAUACCCAGCUCUACUUCCAACCCCGCCCUGUUCCUCACAAACCUUCGCUUGCUAGACCUCGAUCAAGAGCCCGAUUGGCCGGGGAUAACCCUCGCGACUUUUUCCACUAAAGACGCCGCCGGCGGACAGAAGAAGCGGAUUCAAUCUGUCGAGUGGGCUCUCUACCAGCUAUUCACUCUAUGGGAUUAUAAUGAGACUCAGAAUAAACUACGUCCCUUCUUCCCGCCUCUUGAUCAAGUCCAAUCUAUCAACCUCCGAGCCGCUCUACUCCGUGCUCUCGAACAGGCUAAGAAAAAUGGCGUCCUUGGUCGAGAUGCCGUUUUGCGAAAGACAAUGCUGGACGAAUGUAAGGGCGAACGACUCGAAGAAGUUCUCGCCGUCUUUUCCUCGGCAGUCCUAAAGAAGCUGGUAGCCGAACGUGCGCUCAAUUCAGGUCCGGAAUACCGCCCUACUAUAUCAGAGAAACUUGCUCUCGAGAACUGGGGCUACUCGGGGGACCGUACGGAGCUAAAUGCACUACUCCUAGCCUAUAAAGCUUCAUUAAGUUCUCUCUUAGCUAAGAAGAAUACGGAACGAGCGAAGUACCGCGACUUCGAGCAACUACUAGCCUCGAAGGAACAAGCCCUCUCCCAGCGGAAAGAAAAGGCCAAGGCAGAAUCUGAGCGAAGCGUAGCUGAAACGUCUGAGCGGACAAGAAAGGAGGUCAAUAAGAUCAUCAAGACCAACUGGACUGGAAACGACCAGUGGAUUGAUAGUCUGCUAUAUAAUGAUACGAAUCCUCGAAAGGGAGGACUCCUUGGUAGUCGCUUUGACGAUGUUUGGGCUGGAGUUGAGCAGGGGAAAGUCUGUGACCUUGAAGACGAGAACACCGGCCUCUUGGAGCAAUUAGACAGCCGGGUCCAGAUGCAGAGAUCAAGAUUAGAAAAAUGGGACAAUUUCCGAAAGGAAAUGUUCAGUAAUAUGCCACCGCCGCCUACCAUUGAAACGAGGAGAACGACUAAGCCAAAGAAUGUUGGCUUGCGCUUCACUGCCCAUCAGGAGCUGAACAUUGACAAGAUACGCGUGAAAGACAAGUUACCCUUGAAAGGAGCCCCUGCACAAUACCACACGAUUGUCAGUAAUAUGAAAGCUGAACUCGGUACUACUGGAAAACAUAAGAUCCCAGACUUUUCUGGUCUAUUAGGAGGUUCGAAUAGGAGCUUGGGAGUCGGCGCUGCUUCAUACGCUACGAAGCCAGAAGAACCAGCCGAAGCGAUAUCUGACAUUAGCGAAUGGGAAGACGAGCCGGAAGAAGCACCUCGAAUUGAAAAGCCUCUUCAGGCCACCAGCAGGAAUCGCUAUCGUCUUGUUCCUCCCAAGGCUAGCACCGAAGCUCAAGGACGGACUCACGUACCAAAGGCGUCCUCACUCGAUGUAUCAUUCAGCCGAAACAAAAAAGUCUUCCCAGACCUAUCACCCAACUUUAGGCCGAAGCCGUCGGAACAACCAUCUUUUUCUCCAGAACCGUCUCCGAUAAAGGCUGUGCCUGAAACGCAAGAGUCACCAAAGUUAGAUGGUAUACCACAAAUUAUCACGUCGCAUAGUAUUGUCGCUUCUCCUGAGGUAUCUCCCUCGCCAUCCCCUUCUGAUAAGAUGAUGGAAUCGUUGUCUCCACCGCCAGCCUCUGUUUCUCCAACGCAGGCCAUGGCCAACGAAAUACUAAAGUCUAUGUCAAAUGCGUCCCCGUCGCCAGUCAAGAAACCGCGCCAUACACUUUCGCUAGCUGAGAGGACUCGCCUAUCCAUGACACGAGCUCAUCCUUUUGAAAAGGAGGAUGAAGGAUCCCCGCCGUCCCCAACCAAACCUACCCCGGCGCAGAGUAGCAGUGAUAACAAUACAAAUCAUCUACCCGAAAAUGACGAGUAUGAAGAUUUAGUAGCACGUACUAGAAGGUCUAUGGUUGGCUUUGAGGCCGCACGACAAAAGGCGCAACUAGAGAGGAGACGAUCCGAAAGGAAGAGCAAGAUGAUACAGAGGAAAGGGGAGCAGUUCCCGAAGCUCGAAGAAGAUAACGUGGACAAUUCUAUCGUCGAGGAGCUCAUCGACAGGGGUCAAGAGGAUUACGAGGCCGUGUUCAGGAGCAGACCGCGCGUGCAGACGAGCCCCUUGCCUAGCCCGUCGAAGAUGUGGAAUGCGGAGUAAAUAUGCAAAUGAAAGAGACGAGGUAUAUGUUGUCAAACGAUUUUGUCGGUUUUUCUUUUGGGUUUUUUUCAUUAAUACAUACGGCUACCGUUAGGAUUAUGAUACCAAAUUGACAUUCUCUUUUCAAGGGAUGCUAAAAACGCAUACAAAUCCAUAACUUAUUCUAUCAGACUUGGCAUUUUCUAUGCCGUAAUAACUAAUAUAAUCAAUAUUCCAUCCAUCUUCCAACCAACCAACCAACCAAUCAAUCAAUCAUAAAAAACCAAAGCCCUAGCCUCGAUGCUCUCCCUCGCCUCCCGGUCCUCGUACUCGCGGUCCUCGAACGCGCUAUGCGGCGCGCGCCGGGCCGGGACCCG